CGAGAGAAGUUGAGGAAAGGGAAAAAGUGGUCUUAUAAUUGUUGAGAUAACAAAUUUUGGUAUACCGAUCUUUGGAUAAGAGCCGAUGGAAAGUGGCAAUGUUGUGAAUGCACAACCUGAAUUAUCAGGCAUAACAGCUGAUGGAUCAAAGAGCUAUAUGUACGAGCAGUUAUGGAAACUUGUUGAGGCAUCUACAGAAGAAAAGUUGAAUGAGUUACAACCAAUUGUUGAUCUUCCUUCUAAGCUUCAAUGUCGUGUUAUUGCUAUUAAGCUUAAGGCAUAUCUCUUUGAUGUGGAAAGAAAUAGUGAUGAGACUUAUGCUGAGAUUACUUUGAUGCCAGAUACAACUCAAGUUGUAAUCCCUACUCAGAAUGAAAAUCAAUUUAGGCCAUUAGUUCAUUCCUAUUCAAAGGUUUUAACAGUCUCAGAUACAAGUGCCCAUGGUGGAUUCUCUGUUCCGAGAAAACUUGCCAUUGAAUGUCUCCCUCCGCUGGAUAUGUCUCAGCCUUUACCGGCACAAGAACUUCUUACUAUAGAUCUCCAUGGUAAUCAAUGGAGAUUCAAACACAGCUAUAGAGGAGAUGUUAUUGUAUUCCUUAGGGGAGAGACUGGAGAGUUACGAGUUGGUAUCAGACGAGCGAGAUAUCAACAAGGGAACAUACCUUCAUCACUAAUAUCAAUAGAAAGUAUGAGACAUGGGGUAAUUGUUUCUGCAAAGCAUGCUUUUGAUAACCAAUGUAUGUUCAUUGUGGUUUACAAGCCAAGGUCAAGUCAAUUUAUUGUCAAUUACGAUAAAUUCUUAGACGCCAUGAACAAUAAGUUCAAUGUCGGGUCAAGAUUUACAAAGCGGUUUGAGGAAGAUGAUUUUUCUGAAAGAAGAUGUUUCGGGACAAUUAUUGGAGUUAGUGAUUUCUCUCCUCAUUGGAAAUGUUCAGAAUGGCGUAGCUUAAAAGUGCAGUGGGAUGAAUUUGCAUCAUUUCCGAGGCCUGAUAAAGUUUCCCCAUGGGAAAUCGAACAUUCAACGUCUUCGUCAAAUGUUCUCCGGUCAUCUAUGCUUAAGAACAAACGUUCACGAGAAGUUAAUGAAAUCGGUUCUUCAUCAUCACACCUCUUGCCUCCUAUAUUGACACAAGGACAAGAAAUUGGACAACCAAGCAUGACCUCCCCGAUGAAUGUUCCUCUUAGUUAUCCUGAUGCAAUUGAAGAUGAUUCGACUCCUUCUAGGUUGCUAAUGAGCUACUCUGUUCAGACAAUGCCCCGACUAAAUCACAAUAACGAUCAAAUGGUUACACCAAUAGAAGGAAAUAUAACAAACAAUGGAGGCGCUAGUUGUAGAGUUUUUGGAGUCUCUCUUGCCACUCCUCCAGUGAUCAAAGAUCCCAUUGAAAAAAUUGACUCAGAUCCAAACUCAGAGAUUUCUAAACUUUCUCAAGAGAAACUUUUUGGUCUAGGCCAAAUGAGAUCACAAAGAGAGAUCCAAAGCAAGCAGGUGAGUUCUACCAGAACCUGUACCAAAGUUCAAAUGCAUGGUGUAACACUAGGAAGAGCUCUGGAUUUAAGUGUUCUUAACGGAUAUGAUCAGCUAAUACUGGAAUUGGAGAAAACUCUUUGAUCUCAAAGGCCAGUUGCAAAAUCGCAACCAAUGGGAAAUAGCUUUCACAGACAAUGAAGAAGAUGAGAUGCU